AGUGGGUAUGUCAUCAUCAGUCUCCACCAACAGCCCAUCAGCUCUCGACAGUGAGUCCGUCAAGGAGGAUGUGCCCCCCUUCGACGCCCCUGUGGAGUCCAAUAGGCAGCGGAAACGGAAUAAGAGGAGGGAGCAGAAGAAGGAGAAGUGGCUACGGAAGAAGAGCAGUCAUGGUGGCGCUAGCGUUACCCCUACAGAAGGAUCUGCUGACCAAGCAGCUUGUGAUGGAGGCCGCAGUACCACCCAGAAUCCACUACGUCGGGAAAGGAACGCUAUGAUGAGGGCCGACACCGAGGCCAAGGCGUUGAUGAGCCCACUGAUACUCUUCGACUGUGAGUUCCGUGCAGAGAUGCAUACUAGGGAGAACACGUCCCUGGCCCAACAGCUAAUGUUCUGUUAUGGGGCCAAUAAGAAGUGUGAAUGGCCUCUUAGGCUCGUCACCGCGUGCCCUCAAGACGGCGAUAUGCAUCGGCACUUGAAGAAGAACAGCGGCCUUUCCCAGUGGACAUGCUUCACGUUGGACCAUCGUCCUCUACAUACCAUAUGUGCCGACCAGCAACAGCAGCAGCGACAGGUUGUGUAUCUCACGGCCGACUCUGAGGAUACCAUGUGGUCCUUUGAACCCGACACUGUCUACAUCAUAGGAGGACUGGUUGACAAGAAUCGUCAUAAGAACAUCACCAAGGACAAGGCUGCUGAGUUGGGUCUCAGGACGGCCCGAUUGCCUUUAGGGGAAGUCGUCGAUAUGGGAGACCACUCCAAGGUGCUCACCGUGAACCAUGUGUUGGAGAUUAUGGCGCAUCUAUGGCAGCAUCAACGGAGCAAGAAAUCCGUCACAGAAGAGGAUUGGCGAGAAGUUUGUCUAGAGUGCCUACCAGGACGGAAGAAGAAGAAGGUGGGUGAUGUCAAUAGCGACGGGGCCGGCUCAUCACCGCAGGCUAAACGCCAGAAAGUAUCUACGACUGAUGAGGAUGAUGGUGAGGGAGAGGCCUCUCCAGUGUAGUCCUCUCCUGCCCGACCUAGCAUUCUACGUUUCAUAACAAUGUUUCCCCAAG